CAUACACCUAGAGUCCGGCGACGAUGGCCUCGACGCUCCUCCGUCGCCAGCUCGCGCGGGCGCCGCGUCUGUCCACGGCGUCCUCGCCGUCUUCUUCGCUUCUCGCCAACCGCCGUCACCUUUCGAGUACCCCGGCUGCACUGCAGGCCGAGCCCGUGGUGGAUCCCAAAGCUACCGCGCAGACGGCGGGUGUGAAAAAUCUAUUGAACACGCAUACGGUAGAAGAUCUGCAGGGGAUUCACGCGUCGGAUAUUCUUGCGGAGACAGGUACGAGGAAGGAUGCGCAGAUGAGGCAUUUCACUGUGAACUUUGGUCCACAGCACCCUGCUGCCCACGGUGUGCUUCGUUUGAUCUUGGAGCUGAAUGGCGAGGAAGUGUUGCGCGCGGAUCCCCACGUCGGUCUUCUCCACAGAGGAACCGAGAAACUCAUAGAGUACAAGACCUACACUCAGGCAUUGCCAUAUUUUGAUCGACUCGACUAUGUCUCCAUGAUGACGAACGAGCUGUGCUACUCACUGGCUGUCGAGAAGUUACUUAACAUUGAGGUUCCUGAACGCGCGAAGUGGAUCAGAACCCUUUUCGGAGAGAUCACCAGAGUCCUGAACCACCUUAUGGCUGUCCUUACGCACGCCAUGGAUGUCGGUGCCCUCACGCCGUUCCUGUGGGGUUUCGAGGAACGCGAGAAGCUCAUGGAGUUCUAUGAGCGCGUCUCAGGUGCUCGUCUUCACUCUGCGUAUGUGCGUCCAGGCGGCGUUGCGUUCGACUUGCCGCAUGGACUGCUGGAGGACAUCUACCAGUGGGCGUCGCAGUUCGGUUCUCGUGUAGAUGAGAUCGAGGAGGUCGUCACUGGUAACCGUAUCUGGAAGGAACGUACAAUAGGCAUUGGGCGCGUCUCGGCGAAGGAAGCAUUGGACUACAGCUUCAGUGGUGUCAUGCUGCGAGGCAGCGGUGUGCCAUGGGACAUUCGGAAGAUUGCGCCGUACGACAAGUACGACGAGGUUGAGUUCGAUGUCCCGGUCGGUAAGAACGGUGAUUGCUAUGACCGAUACCUCUGUCGUGUGCAGGAAUUCCGAGAGUCAUUGCGUAUCAUUGACCAAUGUUUGAACAAGAUGCCCACCGGUGCCUACAAGGUGGAUGACUACAAACUUGUCCCCCCACCACGCGCUUCUAUGAAGGAGAGCAUGGAAUCCCUCAUCCACCACUUCAAGCUUUUCAGUGAGGGUUACUCUGUUCCUCCAGGCGAGACAUAUAGCGCCAUUGAGGCGCCUAAGGGCGAGAUGGGCGUGUACCUCGUGUCGGAUGGCUCGAAUCGUCCAUACCGAUGCAAGAUCCGCGCGCCUGGUUUCGCGCAUUUGGCAGGUGCAGACAUGAUGAUGAGACGUCACUUCAUCGCCGACGUUGUGGCCAUUAUUGGAACCAUGGAUCUCGUAUUUGGGGAGGUUGAUCGGUAACCUAAUAUAUCGCUGCGCGUUUCCAUUUCACGAUGUGUGCAUUCCUCCGAAAUAUGGCAAUAGAUCAAUUGUAUAUGAUGCACUG